AUGACUGAUAAAAUAAAACCUUUCAGUUCAGUGAUGUCAGAAGUCAGUAUAAAAUUUUUCGUUGCCUUCCUUGUGACACUGUUUAUUGUUCCAAAUUGUGGCGGUACUUUUUGCUGUUCUCAAUGGGGUGCUUGUGGUGAUACACCUGAAUUUUGUGAUCCGGAUCAAGGAUGCCAAGAAGGAUAUGGUUACUGCGGCCUUCCAGAUGAUAAUACUGAUAAUGAUCCACAAGUUGUCUACACUUGCCACAAUAUGAAUACUAUAGCGUUAACUUUUGAUGAUGGUCCACGUCCUUGGACGAAUGACUUACUCGAUACGUUAGAUGAAGCUAAUAUAAAAGCCACAUUCUUUAUCAAUGGCCACAACGAAGAUGU